GUGGAGUUUGAGCAGCUUCGUCGCUUCUGGAUAGAUAUAGGGCUUCGGUAGGACCUGUUGGUGUGUUUCAUAUAUUUAUGAUGAGUGAGGAGAUCGGCAUCAGUGAGUCCAAGGGCACCACCACAACCGCCACUACAGGCAACACGCUGUACAUCGGCGAGAUCGAAGGAUGGAUGGAGGCCAAGUACAUCACCGAGCAGAUGGCCAAGCAUGGCGAGGCGCCCAGCCAGAUCCGGCUGAUGGCCGAUAGGGGCUAUGGCUUUGCCGAGUUCUCAACGCGAGAUGCGGCCAAGAGGGUCUUGGAGGCCAUGCAGGGCACACAGAUGGAGGGAUGCGACGCAAAGUCAGCCGAGCCGCCCUGCGCAUGACGCCAACACUUUGCUUGCAAUGGCCAUCCAUCUCCCUGUGUGUGUCUGGAUGUGAUGUGCCUGCGCAUCCAUCAAAUCAGGUGUUGGAGUCUGAAGUGGGCCAAGAGGGCUGGGGCUGAGCCUCGGGAGACUUUCUACUCCAUCUUCCUUGCCGACCUUGACGGCGAGGUGACGGAGGAGGAGGUCACGGCCCUCUUCCAGCCCAAAUACCCGAGCUGUUCGCACUCGCGGAUCGUCCAGGACCCGAGCAAGGGCAUGCCCUUUGGCUUCGUGAGGUUCCGCGACGAGAGGGACGCGAUGAGGGCCAAAGACGAGAUGCAGGGCGUCUGGUGUGGCAAGAACCCUCUCAAGAUCAGGUGAGCUGCGUGGGUGGUGCUUGGCAGAGCGGAUGGGGCACUCACCGUGCAUGUCUGUCUCUCCGUCCGUCCGAUUUCGCUGGUCUAUAUGUAUGUCAGCCUGUCGAGGGAGACGCGGGAGCUUCAGCAGGCCCGUCGAGAGAGCGAUCGGCGUGACCGGCAGCCCAUGGAUGGCAGACCACCGCCAUGGAUGGACCACGGCCCACAGGUAUCACACACUCCACCACAGCACAGGGACAAUGGGCGUAAGUUAAGUGAUCCCGACCGACCGUCUUUAUGUCUGUCUGUCUGUGUGUCUGUCUCUCUGUCUGUCUGUCUGUGUGUGUGUGUUUGCCUUCAGAUGGGUGCCCCACCGUUUCGGCCCCCUCCGAUGGGUUACUACGACUACGACCACCCCGGCUACUUUGACUACCCACCCGACUACCCGCCGCCCUACGGCGCCCCCUUCCCUCCGCCACCACACGACUUCUUCCCACUACACAGACCACGUACGGUGGCACGCACAAACUCGCCCUCACUCACACACUCACGAAGUAAGUAUCCUCGUUGCCCUCCCUGUCAUGUCAGCGCCGUUUGGCUACGGCGGGCCACCGAUGGAGCCCUACGAUGACGCGCCGAUGGACGGCAGGGGGCCUCCCCCUCCCAUGCGCGGCGACCGACCCCUGAUGAGGCGGCCACGGAGCAUCUCGCGUGAGAGGGACCGAGACAGAGAUCGGGAGAGGGACCGACGGCGGCCGUCAUCACGCGAGCGAGAUCGUGAUAGAGAUAAUAGGUCGGACAGGCCGUCACGGAGGGGCGACAGGGAGAGAGAGUGGGAGAGGGAGAGGGAGAAGGAGAGGAGCCGCGACGAGCCGCGGCCCAAUGGUGCGGUGGCUGCCCAUCGGCCGACCAUCUUCAUCGGUCGGCUGCAGGACGCACAAGACGUCGACGAGGCCAAACUACGUAUGUUAUGUGUCUGAGAAGGAAGGAGGACACACAAGCCAGGCCAGCGGCAAGGCAAGUGCGAUGUGACUGGUCUAGACGAUUGCUUGAUGUGUGCUGACUGACUGACAGGUGAGAUUUUCGAGUCGUUUGGUGAGAUCAGGGAAGUCCGCCUGCUGCAAGGGAAGGUAUGAAUGAGUACAAACACGGACACACGGAUCGCUGCCACAGAGAGCACGCCGUCAUCAGGGCAAGUAAACUGAUCUUCUCUUCUCUGUCAGGGCUGCGCCUUCGUGACCUACCGCGACAUGUCAGCCGCCAUGGAUGCCGUCAAGGAACGAAACGGUCCGCACACACAUACAGGAGUCUCUCUCCUCUCCGAUUACAAUGCAACACAACACGGGAAUGCUCCCCUUUUCCACACUCAGAUUAUCGUGUCGGCGGCACCCGCAUCAGAGUCGAGCUCAGCAAAGCCAGCGAGAAGGACCUCCACACAUCAUCCGCCAGCAAGCGCCCCCGGGACCGCGACCGCGACCGCGCCGCCAGCCGAGAGCCCCUGUCGCCUGCAGACAGGGGCGCUGGCAGAGGCAGCAAGAGGUCGCGAAAUGGCGACGUCGACAGAGAGGGGUCGGUGAGGAGCGAGGAGCCGCCUGGAGAUGACUCAGCAUCAGCAGCAGCCAGGAGGCCCUCGCCCGGCGGUGUUGAGAAAGAGGUCAUCACCCCGCGGAACAAGAAGAGCCCACCGAGACAGCCGUCACCAGCAGCUGCAGCAGCAGCUGAUGGCGCCGGUGCGUCCUCAGGGCCGCCGUCUCAUCCGAGCUAUGGAGAGGAGCUGGCCCGGCGGCUGGACAGCACGCUGUGCGGUCUGCGGAUGUCGCGACGGCCCGACAGGCUGCCGGAUGUGGAUGCGCUGAAUGGCGAGUAUGUGUGUGGGCAUAUGCGGUCGGUGGUGCUGCCUCUGGUGCCGCUGAUGCGGGAGGUGGGGGGGUGGGGGGCGGCCAGUGAUAGGACGGGCAGCAGGAGGCAGGUGGUCAGUGACGCUAACUCGCGAGACUUCUUUACGCCGGCAAUGAUGUUCUUCUAAAC